UUUGUUAAUGACUUCACAGUGAUCAGGAAGAAGUUUAAGUGCCCAUACUGCAGUUUUUCUGCCAUGCACCAGUGCAUCCUGAAGAGGCACAUGCGUUCACAUACGGGCGAGAGGCCGUAUCCCUGUGAGAUCUGCGGGAAGAAGUUCACCCGGAGGGAGCACAUGAAACGCCACACGCUGGUGCACAGCAAGGACAAGAAGUAUGUGUGUAAAGUAUGCAGUCGUGUCUUCAUGUCGGCCGCCAGCGUGGGCAUCAAGCACGGCUCUCGGCGUCACGGUGUCUGCGCAGACUGCUCGGGUCGAGGUAUGGCUGCCCUGCUGGACCAGAAUGGCGAGGACGGCUCGCCAGAAGAGGAACUCUUGUAUCCCGGUGACCACCGUUUCCCCGAUGACACUGCUGACGGCGACGGGGAAGAGGAGAUGAUGGUGGAAGCGGAGCUGAUGGGAGAAGGUGAAGGAGAAGAGGAGAACGGGAAAUGGCGGGCUGGCUCAGGGAUGUCACAGCGAGACGACAGAGCAAUAGACGAUGGCAAAGAGGAAAGCGACUCGGCUCUGGAAGGAGAAGCCAGGGCUGGAAGCGAGAAAGAUUUCAGUUGGAUCUCCUAGUCCAAUGCCUGGAUCCUAGUCCAAGGUUGACCACCUGUUCCUAUAAGGAGAUAUACUUAAGGCGGGGCAAUCUGAUCUCAGCAUGUGGAAGGAGCCGGAUACAAAGAGAUCCUUGAGAUUCCCACAGGGCUGCCAAAGGAGAGACAGUGGAGAGUCCUCUCGCCCCGACUCCAUGUGCUUCUGACCCAGGCUUCAGUUUGUCUCCUUUCUUCCUUGAGGACCAAACGGGUUUCUGUGUAUGUGUUUGCUAUUUCUUCAGACAAAAGAGAUUGUGUUGUCUCGGGAGAUUGUCCAAAUCAGUACUAAGCUUUGAUGGGUCAGACAAAGAAAGUGUACGAAAGAUGUGCUCUUGCCAUAUGGUCAGCUGCCACCAGGGGGCACUGGCUUAUCUAUUGCGCAGCAGUUCACGUCAGAAAAGACUUGCACCAGUUUUUUGUUUUUUUUGACACGUUGUUUUCUGCAAAGAGAAACUUCAACAGACUUGCACUUUAAAUGUUGACUAGAUUCCUAUCGAUUCCCUGUUUCUGUGGUUUACAUUUUUAUUCCAAUUUACAUAGAUGAAUAUGGUGACCGCACCUACCUUUAAGGAUACACAGUAUGUCCUUAUGACUGUUAUAUAUGAAGAUUUGUGCUAGGUUUGCUAAUUAUAAUGUAUGCCUUGUAAUGUUUUAUUUCGUUGCAAUUUUCAUUCCUGAACAUUUAUAUCAAUGGGAAAAAUCAUGUAUAUAGAUACAUAUAAGUGAGAUGUUGAUUUUGUGUUCUCGACAAAAAAACGGUAAAGGGGAAGAUGGGUGAACACUAUGCAGAAACAAAUCUUUCUAGUUCUCAACAAUCUUUAUUCUCUCUAUUAUGGGAGAGAAAACUAGUCUUCAGCAAUGGCAAAGCAGAGAGACUGGAGGAGAGAGAAUACGAGUAGAUUUAUGGAAAUAUUACUUGUUUUCCACUUUAAUAUUUCCUCAUUAUUUGCAUUCCAUAGUGGACACAGUCAGGGAUGGGUAUGGUUUUAUAAGGAGGGUUUCCAGUGUGGUGUGUUUCUAUUAAAAACAAAAACAAAACAAAAAACCAAAACCUGUAUGCAAAUGUGUGUAUUUUGUAGG